AUUAAUAUAUUAGAGAUAUCAAUCAGCACUGUGUUCUGGCAGUGUAUAAAGAAACCUGAAGCAAUAGACCAAUGGCCUGUGGGUAGAUGCUAUCAUGCAGGUGCUAUUAUUAUAACUGGAUCAGACUGUCCUAUGCUAGUGAUAAGUGGUGGGAGGAAUAAGAAGAAUGAAGAUGCAUUAGAUGAUUGUUGGAUCUUUAACAUCACUCAACAUUCCUGGAUAAAGUUAGAUGUAUCUCACUCUGUUAGUAAAAGAUUUGUUCAUUCUCUCUCAGUGUUCAUUAUGAGUCCUCAUUGUGUCUGGAUAAUAACCGUUGGAGGUUAUGCUGAUACCAAAUGGACAUUAGUCACUAAUCCUAACAUUGUUAUGUUAACUGAACUAGUUACUAACAGUAAAGGAGAGUGGACAGUAGGUGAUACAUUAGAUACCAAUGGUAUGAAUAAUGAAGAAUACAAGAAGAAGUAUCAGCAGCAACUACAGACAGUAAGAAGAAUAUGGUUGGAGGAGUACCAGAAACCAAGAAAAGGAGAUACAGCCGAUAUUGAGCAAACCAUACAAGCUCUUAUGAAGAGUCUUGAAGAGAAGGAGAGAGAAGCACAAGUUUAUCAUCAACAAUUGGAGCAGAAGGAAAGAGAAGAAGCAGAGAAAGAGCAAGAAAUAAGAAGAUAUUGUCAUCAGCUACAAGAGAAGGAUAGGGAGCAUCAGGUGGUACUGCAGGAGAAGGAUCUAUUGAUACAACAGAAGGAUGAAGAGCAUCAGAAGGUAAUAGAGGAGAAGGAUAGGGAGCUACAGGAGAAAGAGGAGACAUUACAACAGAAAGAUAUGCAGCAUCAGGUGUUACUACAGGAGAAUCAGGAGGAAUUACGACAGAAGGAUAGGGAGCUUCAGGAGAAUCAAGCAACAUUACGACAAAAGGAUAUUGUGAUACUUGAGAAGGAUAGGGAGCUACCAUCACGAGUACGUCAUCCUAACCUGGUCCAGUUUAUUGGUGCAACUAAAGUGGAUAAUCCUCUCAUCUUGACCGAGCUGAUGAGCACUAGUCUUAAUCAGGAGAUUCGCAGAAACCGACUAACCAAUGAACAGAUUCUGAGUAUUGCUCAAGAUGUAGCUUUAGGCCUCAACUACCUUCACCUGUUUAAGCCUCAGCCUAUUAUUCACAGAGAUGUGAGCAGUCCUAACGUAUUAUUAAAGCCUUGCACUGGAGCUGCUUGUUAUGAAGCUAAAGUAGCAGAUUAUGGUACAGCUAAAUUAGUACAAGUUGAUAGUACUGGUACUGUUAUGCCAGGCAAUGCUGCAAUGCUGCACCAGAAGCUCCUAUUCCUGAUCAACACAGUCCAGCAAUGGAUGUGUACAGUUACUCUGUUUUCCUUAUGGAAAUGA